AUGCACGUGAAGAAGUACCUGCUGAAGUGCCUGCACCGGCUGCAGAAGGGCCCUGGCUACACCUACAAGGAGCUGCUGGUGUGGUACUGCGACAACACCAACACCCACGGCCCCAAGCGCAUCAUCUGCGAGGGGCCCAAGAAGAAGGCCAUGUGGUUCCUGAUCACGCUGCUCUUUGCCGCCCUCGUCUGCUGGCAGUGGAGCAUCUUCAUCAACACCUACCUGAGCUGGGAGGUCAGCGUGUCCCUCUCCGUAGGCUUCAAGGCCAUGGACUUCCCCGCGGUCACCAUCUGCAACGCCAGCCCCUUCAAGUAUUCCGAAGUCAAGCAUUUGCUGAAGGACCUGGAUGAGCUGAUGGAAGCAGUCCUGGAGAGGAUCCUGGCUCCUGAGUCCAGCCAUACCAAUGCCACCAGGGCCCUGAACUUCACCAUCUGGAACCACACGCCCCUCGUCCUCAUCGAUGAGCGGAACCCCCACCACCCAGUGGUCCUCGACCUUUUUGCAGAUAACCACAAUGACUCAGCAAGGAUCUGCCAUGCCCCAGAGUGCAAAAUGGCCAUGAGACUAUGCAGCCUCAACAGGACCAAGUGCACCUUCCAGAACUUCACCAGCGCCACCCAGGCCGUGACGGAGUGGUACGUCCUGCAGGCCACCAACAUCUUUGCACAGGUGCCACCCCAGGAGCUGGUGCAGAUGGGCUACCCCGCAGAGCAGCUGAUCCUGUCCUGCCUGUUCGGGGCAGAGCCCUGCAGCUACCGGAACUUCACGUCCAUCUUCUACCCUCAUUACGGCAACUGUUACAUCUUCAACUGGGGCAUGACAGAGAAGGCGCUCCCUUCUGCCAACCCCGGAACUGAAUUUGGCCUGAAGCUGAUCCUGGACAUAGGCCAGGAAGACUACGUGCCCUUCCUCGUGUCCACGGCUGGGGUCCGGCUGCUGCUUCACGAGCAGAGGUCAUACCCCUUCAUCAGGGAGGAGGGCAUCUACGCCAUGUCGGGGACGGAGACAUCCAUCGGGGUGCUGGUGGACAAGCUGCAGCGCAAGGGCGAGCCCUACAGCCCGUGCACCAUGAACGGCUCCGACGUCCCCAUCCAGAACUUCUACAGCAACUACAACACGACCUACUCCAUCCAGGCCUGUCUUCACUCCUGCUUCCAAGACCACAUGAUCCGUAACUGCAGCUGCGGCCACUACCUCUACCCCCUGCCCCCAGGGGAGAAGUACUGCAACAACUGGGACUUCCCGGACUGGGCCCAUUGCUACUCAGAGCUGCAGAUGAGCCUGGCCCAGAGAGAGACCUGCAUCGGCCUGUGCAAGGAGUCCUGCAAUGACACCCAGUACAAGAUGACCAUCUCCAUGGCCGACUGGCCUUCUGAGGCCUCCGAGGAUUGGAUUUUCCACGUCUUGUCGCAGGAGCGGGACCAAAGCACCAAUAUCACCUUGAGCAGGAAGGGAGUCGUCAAGCUCAACAUCUACUUCCAAGAAUUCAACUAUCGCACCAUUGAGGAAUCGGCAGCCAAUAAUAUCGUCUGGCUGCUCUCAAACCUGGGCGGCCAGUUUGGCUUCUGGAUGGGGGGCUCAGUGCUCUGCCUCAUCGAGUUUGUGGAGAUCGUCAUCGACUUCGUGUGGAUCACCAUCAUCAAGCUGGUGGCCUUUGUCAAGAGCCCGCGGCAGCGCCCAGCCCCAGCUCGCUAUGCCGGCCCACCGCCCACUGUGGCCGAGCUGGUGGAGGCCCACACCAACUUCGGCUUCCAGCCCGACGCGGCCAGCCACAGCCCCAGCGCCGGGGCCUACCCUGACGAGCAGGCGCUGCCCAUCCCGGGCACCCCGCCCCCCAACUAUGACUCCCUGCGUCUGCAGCCCCUGGAUGUCAUCGAGUCUGACAGUGAAGGUGACGCCAUCUAACCCUGCCCCUGCCCACCCCUUCUCGAAGCUGAGAAGCAGAUGCCAUUGGCCAAGGCCUCGUU